UGGACAAAUGGGUUGGGAGUAGCCUAUGAAGAACACCCAUCGCCGCAGAUUCUUGUACGCGAGGUGACGGUUUCUUGGCAUCUAGACGGUGCAGUAGAGUUUCUACAGCUUCUGAUUCUUGAACUGAAAAUGAGGAACAUUUGGAUAAUAGCAGCAAGCCACGUCGUGUCAUUCACGUGCCCGCGGGACGCGUGCUGCUCGUCCGCUCGGAAAAUUCGACACUCAGAUGCUUUCCCCAAACACAACUUUGGAGCCUAUCUCGUUUUUCAGUUAACGGGUCGGGAUUUUGGGUUGAGCUCCUCGCCUUUGGAGGUCUCGGUUGAAAUUGGGGACCGUAAAAAAACGGGCAGAUUUUACCUGAAGCAGGACGAGUGCAAGGGGCAGGAGGAGUCUGACGUGGCGUCCAGGGCCCUCAGCCCACGUGGCGACGGCUGGUCG